CAGGCCCAGCGACUGGAGCCAGACCUCCGCCGUGAGAGGCCGGCGAGUGCUGUCUUCCUGAGCCGGCUGCAGGGCAAGGGGCGGUGGGAGGGAGCGGUGGCCUGCGCUGUGGCCAUGUCGGCGUCCGCAGGGGGCCGUGGUUCCGCGAACCUGAACCAUCAGUCCGGCCUCGGCCGGACACCCAUGCCCUCCUGGGGGUCCGGCAGAGGGCAGUGACCGGCAAUCUCUGUGCGUCCUACCCCCUCCCCCCUCCCCGAGAAACAGGGUCAGCGCCUCAGAUGGAACCCCUCUCCUGUGGAUUGUUUGUUGCCUGCCGAAUGAAGACCCUUCAGCCUGUCAUGCAGGGGCCUUAGAGGCUGACCCCAGAUGAGCCACUCAACUUUGUUAUCCCUGACAUCCACUUUUGGCCAUCUCCACCUGGCCCUGAGGCUGCAGAAGGACUGGGAGAUCAGGCUGAGUCUGUCCUUAGUGUCCAUCAAAUGGGCACCGAGAACUGACAUCCAUAGUUGUUUUUAACUGGAAAGGUGAGCCCUGGUGUCACAUUCAAAAGGUACAGAAUGCAAGGAAAAGCAAGGCUUAGGCCUGAAGACAAGCCUGUUUACUCUGACCCACUUCUUUCAUAGGAAGCAUGUAAAUAUCAAAAAGAACUGAUUGGUCAACUCAGUUUUGAAUGGAGAAAUGUUCAUGGUAGGAUGUACAGUGGAAGAUAUCAGGAUACAGAAUGGUUUCAGUUCCCAGCGCCGAUACUUCUUUCCUGUCAUUGCACAAGGAGAGCCCAAGAGAUGGCCGCUGACAUGCAGAGGAAGAGGAGCAGUGAAGGCCCCAAUGGCACGUUGGCUCCUUCUGAUGGGCAGAGUGUGGAGAGAGCUGAGAGCCCUACACCAGGACUGGCCCAGGGAAUGGAGCCAGGUGCCGGGCAGGAGGGUGCCAUGUUCGUCCAUGCCCGUUCCUACGAGGACCUCACUGAAUCAGAGGAUGGGGCAGCUUCUGGGGAGAGCCCCAAGGAGGGUGCUGGAGGUCCCCCACCACUGCCUACAGAUAUGCGCCAGAUCAGCCAGGACUUCAGUGAGCUGAGCACCCAGCUGACGGGUGUCGCCCGAGACCUGCAGGAGGAGAUGCUUCCAGGAAGCUCUGAAGACUGGCCAGAGUCCCCAGGGGCAGCUGGGCGGCCAGCCACAGAGCCCUCAAGGGAGGGCACUGGCGAAGGGGAUGAGGAGGAGGCUGCCGAGGCGUGGCGACGGCACCAGAAGCAUGUCUUCGUGCUGAGUGAGGCGGGGAAGCCUGUGUACUCCCGCUAUGGGUCAGAGGAAGCACUUUCCAGCACCAUGGGUGUCAUGGUGGCCCUGGUGUCCUUCCUGGAAGCUGACAAGAAUGCCAUCCGUUCCAUCCAUGCAGAUGGCUACAAGGUAGUAUUCGUGCGCCGGAGCCCACUGGUGCUGGUGGCGGUGGCCCGCACGCGGCAGUCGGCACAGGAACUGGCACAAGAGUUGCUCUACAUCUACUACCAGAUCCUGAGCCUUCUUACGGGCGCGCAGCUGAGCCACAUCUUCCAGCAGAAGCAGAACUACGACCUGCGGCGCCUGCUCUCGGGCUCGGAGCGCAUCACGGACAACCUGCUGCAGCUAAUGGCGCGAGACCCCAGUUUCCUGAUGGGGGCGGCGCGCUGUCUGCCCCUGGCGGCGGCUGUGCGCGACGUCGUGAGUGCCAGCCUGCAGCAGGCGCGCGCCCGCAGCCUCGUCUUCUCCAUCCUGCUGGCGCGCAACCAGCUCGUGGCUCUCGUGCGCCGCAAGGACCAAUUCCUGCACCCCAUCGACCUGCACCUGCUCUUCAACCUCAUCAGUUCCUCCUCGUCCUUCCGCGAGGGCGAGGCCUGGACGCCCGUGUGCCUGCCCAAAUUCAACGCAGCCGGCUUCUUCCACGCACACAUCUCUUACCUGGAGCCUGACACGGAUCUCUGCCUGCUACUCGUCUCCACUGACCGCGAGGACUUCUUUGCGGUCUCUGACUGCCGCCGCCGCUUUCAGGAGCGCCUGCGGAAGCGGGGAGCGCACCUGGCGCUGCGGGAGGCACUGCGCACGCCCUACUACAGUGUUGCCCAAGUGGGCAUCCCCGACCUGCGCCACUUCUUGUAUAAGUCAAAGAGCUCGGGACUCUUCACCAGCCCUGAGAUUGAGGCCCCGUACACCAGUGAAGAGGAGCAGGAGCGGCUGCUGGGCCUCUACCAGUACCUGCACAGCCGUGCCCACAAUGCCUCCCGCCCACUCAAGACUAUCUACUACACGGGCCCCAACGAGAACCUCCUGGCCUGGGUGACAGGCGCCUUUGAGCUCUACAUGUGCUACAGCCCCUUGGGGACCAAGGCGUCGGCCGUCAGUGCCAUCCAUAAACUGAUGCGCUGGAUCCGCAAAGAGGAAGACCGCCUCUUCAUCCUCACGCCCCUCACGUACUGAGGAGAACGUGCGUGGGCUCGGCCCUCCCGGGCAUACUGGGCUGUGGAAGCUGUGGGAGCCUCCAGGAGAGCCUAGCCUCUCUGGCCCAGGCAGCAGGCUAGGACCGUGGGUUGGUGUGUGCAUUAAAGUGCUUUGGGGAAGAC